AUGCCAAACGUUCCGCAGGCUGUUCCGAGUCCCCUUCCGUCCGUCAACAUGUCCGCAAUCAAGUCCAUCAAGAGCAUUGCGCCGCUCCUCGACCGCAUCCUCGUCCAGCGCAUCAAGCCCGAAGCCAAGACCGCAACCGGCAUCUUCCUCCCCGAGACCGCCGUCAAGGAGCUCAACGAAGCCAAAGUUCUCGCCGUCGGCCCCGGUGCCUUUGACAAAGAUGGAAAGCGCGUCAGCCCCAGCGUACAACCCGGUGACAAGGUCUUGAUCCCGCAAUUCGGCGGAAGCCCCAUCAAGGUUGGCGAGGAGGAGUUGAGCCUUUUCCGGGACCACGAGCUCCUGGCCAAGAUCAACGAGUAA